GUCAACAAUCAAGGGGCAUGGCAACCAGCGGGAAAACAUUGCGUGAUUUUGAAUUUUCUUUUAUAAACUUCUAAUUUAUAAUGACAAUUAUCUAUUAAUCGAGAAAAAAAUUAAUUUUAAUUGUGAAUUUGUUCUAUGUUAAGUGGAUAAUCCAAAAAAUUGAAUAGCUUACAGUAUUUUAGUUUUGUUGUUAACAAGAAAUAUUUUAACGAGGAUCAUUUAAUUCGUCAUGUUUCAACCGUUGAAAACGAAUGUCCCUUUAAUGUAUGCUACAACACCAAAGGUAAACAUGCCCCAAUUUGGGUCUGAAGUUACACCUGAGGCUGUAGAAACAAAAUCUUACACCAGUUUAACUGAGAACAUGUUGGAGGCGAGUUCUGCCGCUCGUAAACAAAUCCGGGACCUCUCAUUCACUGGAAUCAAAUUUGAGGAAAACGUUGUUAGAGAAAGGUGUUUCGAUGCCCUACCCUACGAUUUUAAAUACCUAAAAGAAGCCCUCGAUUCUUCCCAAAUUAUCAAACCAAGGCCAAAGAUUCCUGGAGGUUAUAGCGGAAGACUUAAUAAUAGACAUAAGGGUCCACCUCAUGCAAAUUGCCAUUUUAAAAAAAGGGUUCCUCAUUCGCUCAAACCCAUUAGAAGGAAGAUCUUAGAACGGGUCGAAAGAAACGUCGAAACUCAUAAGGAAAUAAAAAAGCCGAUUUUUAUCACAAGAAAAUCUGAAAGAUCCCGAAGAUCUUCGUUAAAGUCUACUGAGAGUGUAUCAGAAGAAGAUGCUGACUGGGAAGAAUAUAUAAUCUCUAUAAUGAGCAAGGACACAGCUAGGUGGAUGGUUCAUAAACAUAUGAAAGAAGGAGAGAAGAGAGAUAAGUUAAUUCAGAAACUAGAGCAGCUUUAUGGGCCAGUUGAUGAGGAGAAUUUAGAUCUUAUUCCAGAUAGGAUGAGUGACUCCGAAGAAGAACGAGAAAGAGAGAAGGAAGAAAGGAGAAAAAAAAGAGUCUGGAAAAAGGACAACGAAACGUUCUUAGACAAAGUUCGCCAGCGUCAUAAAUUGCAAUUUAAACAAACCGAUCCUUAUGACGACGAAUCUUCGGCAGCAUUUUAUAGACUGCCAGCAGGAAUGAGAAAAGCAAAAAAACAAAUAGAAAAGGAAGAAGAGGAAGCAAUGAUUGGGGGUGCUGUAAAUAAUACUGCAAGAAAUGUUCGAGUUGUUAAAUGGCAGCCUAAACCACCUCCUAUCUUAGAAGAUCAAAUUAAUAGAAAAGCUGGAAAGACUGUUUAUAAAUCAAACAAUCAAUAUGUCCAAGAGUGGUUAAUUGGUAUUGAUCAAGUUCAUCAAAAAGACGAAGAGAAUGUGAUUCUUAUGAAAAAUAAUAAUAAAUAUAAAAUAAAAUUUAAGAAAGAGGAACCGAUUUCGGCUGAAAACUGGUAUCCAUCAACCGAAGGAAAUAAAGUAGAAACUCCUCUUAAGUACCAAAAAGGUCUCAGAAGAUGGGAAUCCCUACCAGAACCCAUUGGUGCCAAAGAUACGGCGAAUCUUGUUGAUCCUAAAGAGAAUCAACAAAUAAUUAAGAUAAAAAAAACGAAACGUAGCGUUCACUUUGCUGAAGAUGAAAAGGAUGAAAUGCAACUCGUCGAAAGAGAUAAGAUUGUCACAGAGACUAAAUUUAGGUUGAAGUCUCCCGAUCCAUUAGCAAAACGCCUUGCCCGAUCUAAUAACGUACUUGUGCAAGUUGUAGACGAUUGGACAUCAAAGUGGCAUUUAGAUUUAAGAUACGGUGAUGCUGAUGUUGACGAUCUAAUAAAAGAUAUGGCCGAUUUACAUCCGCAUAUUCGUUUAAAAGCAAUAUCAACUUGUGCAAGAGCUGUUGAAUAUAGAGCACCCGUUCAGGAAGGUCUUAUAGAUUUGGACAAGGGUGAAAAAGUUAGAAAUAUUGCCAAACUAUUACCGGAAAGACUAUUCACAGCCAUUGAAUGUCUUUUAGAAGAUGACUCGGAAGAAAUUCGACGAGCAGCGGCAAUAGCAAUGUUUAUCCUUGAAAGACCAAUCAAAAAAGCCGAGCAAAUUCUUAGAGAAACAUUGCAUAAAGACAAAUCUAUAGAUAGAUGGACUGCCGCUCAAUGUCUGUCGUUUUAUGGAGAAUGCGAUUCGGAGAUUGUAACUGAAAUUAUAUGGCAUUUACUAAAUACGGAAGAUACUAUUAGGCAUGAACGAGCUCAAUAUUUAUUAUCAAAAUUAAGUGAAAAUUCCGUUUUGGUCCAAUCGAUGCUUGGCGAAAAAUUAAAUAGCUCUAGCUGGAGGCAUAGAAUUAUAGCUGCGAAAACCUUACCCAGUUUAUAUGGACAAAUAAAUAGGGAUCUUGUACAUAAACUUACGCAAUUAAUGUGGACUGAUUGGCAUAGCGAAGUACGAAAAGCAGCAGCGCAAGUCUUAGGAAGAACGGGUCAUGGUAAGGAUGUUCAUGAUGAAUUACGUAAUAGGAUAAUGACUGGCAGUGAAAGAGAGAGAGUUGAAGCUAUUAGUAAAGUUGGUCACCUUGGUAUUAUGACCGCUAAACUUCUACCGGCCUUUAUUGGAUGUUUUGACGAUGCAUAUGUUUCGGUACGAAUUGAGGCUUGCAUAACAGCAGCCAGCUUAAAGAUCAAGGAUGAAUUAGUCCUAGACAAGCUAGGUUUCUUAGCAACUUAUGAUCCUAUAUGGAAAGUUAAAGCUUUAGCCAUUCAAGCUUUUGGAACAAUCGGUGUUGUUAAUGAAAAAAUUAUUGAAACAUUACUCUGGGCUUUGAGGUUCGAAAGCGAACCAGGAAUAAGAGCUGAGGCGUGUAGGUCACUUCAACGUCUAAAAGUCUUUAACAAACAAGUAGGAGACAUUAUUCAAGCUAGGUAUUUGGUUGAAGAUAGUCCAAUCGUAAGACAAGAAUUGAAAAAUUCGCUAGAAUGUAUGGAUAUUAGUCCUACUGAAGAUCUGGAAAUGGUGUCGAAAAUUAAACAGAAUGUUAAGCAAUUAAAUACUAAAAUCAAUAUAUCCGCUCAAAUCGCUUUAAAUGAUGAAGAAGAGAGGAAAAUAGAGCAGCUGAACCGUUUAAUUUAUCGCAAAAAAGGCGAACCAGAAAUUAAAAGCAAAUAUAUAUCCUUAUCUCAACUACAACCAAAACAAUCAAUAGCAAAACCAUCCUUAGAUAGGUCGAAAUCUGGUGUGGAAACUGCUGAUAGAACCAGACCGACAACCUCAACAUCUAGAUUGACUACCGCAGCCGACCAAGAAAUUGAAUACAUACUAAAUAAAGAAGACACAGGCACGUUUAUUACAGAGACAGUGACGGAAAACUUUAGCGAUGAAGAUGAACUAGAAGACGGACGUGCAAGUAGUAUAACAAUCCCAAGGCCAGUUACGUCGGGAGAAAUAAGAAUUCCCUCGCCAAGAAUAGCAGUAGGCGAAGAAACAGAAGAUAAAGAAGAAAGGGCGGAAGAACAAUAAUAAUAAAUAUUUUUCCAUAAAAAAAAUAUUGACAUUUUUUCUAUAAAAAAAAAAAGAAAACAGUUAAAUGCGCCAAAUUUCAAGUUUGGUUAAAGAAGAUAAAAAUCCAAUCAGACGUAAUCUUUCUCAUUCUGUUAAAAAAAAAUCUUUAAUGCGAUAAACCGACAGCUGUACAGCAUUUAUCAUUAUUAUUAAUAAUUUGUAAAUAGAAUAACUUUUAGAAAAGCUGGCAGAUGUUACUAGUUCUUACAAAUAAUCCAAUAGAAUUGAAGCAAUUAACUAACAAAAAAAAAGAAAACCUGGAAAGCUUGUGGCUUAAAUAAAUAUCUAUUGAUACCCUUUAUAAUUUUAUUAUGAAUAUUCAUAAAGUUUUAUGAAUAUUUAUUAUUAAAAAAAUUGUUCACUGUUGAUCUUACAAACGUUAAAAUGGUUACAAAAGAUUCAUAAAUGAUAUAAACGUUACUAAUAGAGAUAAAAAAAA